GAUCAGUCUCACUGUCUCAGUACAGCUGUGGGUAUCAGAUAAUCCGGAGUGUUAUAUGUAACCUGUGACGCUGUUGUUAUCAGUCAAUUAACCAAGGAGGUGGGUCACAUAUUAGCAAAGAUAAUCGUCUAUCAGUUUAUCAUCGUUCCUUAUUAGUUGAUCCACUUCAGUGUCCUCUUCCCCCUCGUCAGUGAUGGUGACAAUUCGUCAUGUUGUACUUUUCAGCUUAUGCUUACACAGUUUUUUAUUACUUGACUAGUGUUUUGGUUCCAAGUGUGUCCAGCCAACAGUCCUGCUCCAGUCAGUCAUCAUGUCAAGAGCACAGUCAGUGCAUGUUCAGUGACAAUGGUGCCAAAGGGACUUGUGUUUGUGAUGACUUCUACUAUCCCAAAAAUAGCCCCAUCAACAACACCUGUGUUGAAUGUCCUGGAAUAGGCGAGAGUUGUAAGAAGGCACAGUGUUGCAAUGAGGAUUGUCUAGUUUGUUACAAUGAUGUCUGUAUGUACAUCUACAAUGAUUUUUGUCUGGGGAUAAGUGAUUCAGAAAGAGAGAGGUUUCAGCGAGUCGCCCAAUGCAUCCUGGCAGUAGCUUUGAUCCUGACUGCUUCCAUUCUCAUCAUCCUCUUUUGGAAGGCUUGCACCAAACGAAGUGUGAUGCGACGACGCAUGAGACACAUGUCUAUAGACAGCUACGUUAGUCUCAAUUCCAUCCAGAGAAUGGUCUUGCUACAACUACAAGACAGACCUCCUCCCUACAGCCGGGAGUAUAACCACCCCAGGAAGUUUGUGAAUGAAAUAACAGAUCCACCUCCAUCAUAUAUUGAAGCUGUAGGUGAUCCUAAUCAAGCCGAGGGAGUGAGUCCAGUUUUUAUCAUUGGAGAAUAUCCUAUAUCAAGGACACCGAUACAGGAUUCUGCAAGUUCCCCCCAGGAAAACAAUUUGCCAUCAAGCACAUCCUCUUCAUCCCAUCAAAGUACUGCACUUUUGCCUGUAACAACUUCAAAUGAAAAUUCUACAUCUCAAAUGGCAUCAAAUGCAUUAAAUCCACCAGCAUCUUCACUCCAUGAUGUAGCAUCCUAUCCUUCUCAAAAUAGGCUUGAAAGGUGCUAUAACAGUAAUUCAUUGUUAACUCAAAACACAGAACUGUAUAUGUGAUGUAAAUUCAUUCAAUGAACAUUGAUGUCAAUAAAAUCAUUAUGAAGUUGAAAUAUUAAUGUGCCAUAGCCAUAUCAAAGAUCAUAUAAGCUAUGUAUCUUUUAUAAUUUCAGGUUUAAAUGUAAAUGUGUUUUGAUAUAAUGACCAUUUACAGAGUUGUCAUAUAAAUAUGAGUACAUAUUAUGUGUGUAGUCUAUAUUAAAUAACAUCAACUGUUCCUUAGAAAAGAUACCUCAUAAUGAAUAAUGAUUAGAACAAAUGAAGAUGUAAUGUUACAUGAAGCUUGAAACAUGUUGUCAUAUGUAUGAUACUCACUUAUUCUCACUAUCUAAAUCAUAAUACAAGAUUUCUAAAACCACACAAUGAGUUCUAGUCACGUUGAAAUGUUAAGGAUCUCCUUGCAUCCUUUUCUCACUAAACCUAUUUUACUAUGCAACGUCUUCAGGCUUGGAAACUGAUGUAUCUCAUCAUGAAAAAUUCUAAAUUUUUGGCAUAUUCUCUUGUCAUUAUCCUUUAGAACAUAACAUUACAAUGCAUGUGAUUUGACUGUAAAAGCACACUUAGAGACUGUUAAUCCACCUCUGUACAACAGUUAAACUAUAAUAUCUUUCUAGCUAUAGAAUAUGUUAUUGACACAUUGAUUGCAAUGACACACUGAGAGAUAGUUUCAUUAUUUACCAUGUAACUUUGUGUAUCCAUCAUAGUGCAAGUAUUAAACUACAAUAACUUUCUAGCUGUAGUAUCUGUUGGUAACAUAUAGACUGCGGUGAGAGACUAAUCCAGAAAGUACAGCAAAAGAUGCUCAAUUUCCAGUUCAAUGAUAUUUUACUUCAUACUGUGCCUCCCAUGGCAAGCUAUGCUCACUCAACUACAAUCGUAGACAUAAUGAUUAUUACUAAUGUUAUAGUUUAUUAUAUGAUUUUUAUAAUUAUUUGUAUUCAACAAAUAAUAUACCCAACUGGAUUGUAAAUGUGUUCAUUAAAAUAUUUUACCACCCAGGUGCAUAAAUAGAAUCUUUAUCUGGAAGGUGAUGGAAGUGAUAUGUAGUAAACUAUCAUCAUGAGGGGAGGAAGGAUCCGUGUACAUUACGUGGGAUGUUUUGGGGGAAAUGUGAUAGUGCAAUACCUGCUUUGAAACUGAUUUGUACCAAAACAGUUUUACAUUUAUAACCACACAUUUAAGUAUUUGAGUUUUAAUAUUUAUUUCUAUUCCGGGAGAUUGAAACCCUGGCUUUGUCGGAUUCACACCAUUGUUACCACCUGCAUAUGAUGACCUAUUAGUUUUCCAAUAAUUGCAGAUGUAUUAUUUAUACCUUCACAAACUGUGACUGAAUUAACUUUAAGAUUGUUUUUAUAACGAUUAUUAUAAUAUUUACAAGAAUAGGAUAAAUUAGGACGAUUGUAACAUGACAUUUGUAAUUUUAAAUAAAACGAACAAAAAUAAUCAAAUAACUUUAUUUAUUUUUGGUAUAAACAACAAACCCGAUCCCAAUACUUGAUCUGUGUUACAGUUGUUGUAAACAAUUUGCAAACUGUAGCAUUGUCCUUUGUUUGCAACAAAAUUAACACAUACAUAAAUAUUUCUUUUGAUUAAAUAUAUUGAAGAUAUUUAUUUACAACCAAAUAAAAACCAUUUCUAAUCUUACAGUUUCUGUUCCAGGAACUCAACUUUAUUGUUAGAUAAGAGUGCUAUGUUCCUAUACUAUGUUCCUAAAUGUUGGCCAUCUUGGAGAAAUCAAUGUUCUUGGCAGUUACCUGUUCAAAAGUAACUG